AUGAGCCGUGUAACCACCGAUGCGGAUGGAAAUACUUACCCCGAAGGCGGACUGGAGGCUUGGCUGGUAGUCUUUGGCAGCUGGAUGGGCCUUUUCGCUUCUCUUGGUUUGGUCAACACCAUUGGGACGUUCCAGGCUUAUCUCGAAAAUAACCAGCUGGAAGAGUAUAGCUCUGGCAAGAUCGGUUGGAUAUUUGGCAUGUACGCAUUCCUAACUUUCUUCUGUGGAGUCCAAAUCGGCCCUAUAUUCGAUGCCAAAGGCCCUCGGUUUCUUGUCUUCGCAGGCUCGGUAUUAGUCGUGGUCAUGAUGAUUGCGCUGGGCUUUUGCACUCAAUACUGGCAUUUCAUGCUCGUCAUUGGCGUUGCCGGGGGAUUAGGGGCUUCUCUCAUCUUCACCCCAGCAAUCUCCGCCAUUGGCCAUUACUUCAACGAGAAACGUGGUGUUGCCACCGGCAUUGCUGCAACCGGUGGUUCUGUUGGGGGAAUUGUAUUCCCACUUACUCUUGAACAAUUAUUUCCGAAGAUCGGUUGGGCAUGGGCAACCCGUGUUGUGGCUUUAAUCUGCUUGGUCUUGGUAACUGUUUCGUGUCUUUUGGUUAAGUCCCGGCUUCCGAAAAAACCCGCCUCGAAAGAGAACGUUCUUCCCGACUUUACUAUAUUCCGAGAGCCCAAAUUCGCGCUUACAACGGCUGCUAUCUUCUUCGUGGAGUGGGGUCUUUUCGUUCCCAUCAGUUACAUUUCUUCUUAUGCUUUGGCUCAUGGCGUGUCUAGCCGACUGUCAUAUCAGAUGGUGGCCAUUCUGAAUGCUGGAUCGUUUUUUGGAAGAUGGAUUCCAGGCUUUGUUGCAGAUUAUCUGGGGCGCUUCAAUACCCUCAUAGCAACAGUAGCCCUCUGUGUGGUUUGCAAUGCUUGUCUUUGGCUUCCUGCUGGAAACAGCGUUCCGGUGAUGAUCGUAUACAGUGUUAUCUUUGGCUUUGGCAGCGGCAGCAAUAUCAGUCUCACUCCAGUUUGCAUUUCACAGCUUUGCAAAAUUGAAAACUAUGGGAGAUAUUAUGCCACGUCAUACACGGUUGUGAGCUUUGGGUAA